AACGGCGUGACACCUGGCAUCGACGGUCAGCUUGUCCCCCCAGAGUGGCCCUCCUCGACGAGAGUGCCGAUGUUGUAAGUACACUCGCUUGACUGGCUGGCCUGUCUGCCUGACCCAACCCGUUGCCCCCUGCCAGACCCCAGUCUCCCCACCAGCUGCGGCCCCACAACCCACAGAUCCCGCUCCCACCCACAGCCACCCCAUUCCUGCCCCAGAACCCCUCUUUCGAUCCAUCAUCCCUAUUCAAUCUCGACCAGACGUCCGUCAACCUCCGCGAUCAUCAGAUUAAUAAUAAUAAUGUAACACCCAAUGGGCGCCAGCUACCUCCAUCAUCCUCGGCUUCAUUCCGCCCAGGAAUGCCGUUCACCCCCACAGUCUCGCUUCCUGGCCAUUCAGCUAUGCAACCAUCCGGUUACCCUUCUUACCCCAACCCUUCCCUCCAGUCUGCGCCCUCGUUCGACCCUGCUGCACAGCUAAACCUGCCUUCCCGUCAACCUCCAAAUCCAGCGCAUGUCAAGCCCAAACAGCGCUUCCUCACCGGCCUAGCCAACUUUCACAUCUCCCGUGGUCAUCCCCUCCCCCCUGCAUUGACCGGUUGCCCUUACCCACCCAAUUACGACCCCGCCAGUUCGCCCUGGAAAAACCUUGACUGUCCUUCAGGAGAGAUCGGCAUCUUUCGAUUGGGUGGUAAGGAUGUCGACUUGUUGAAGCUAUGGAACGUCGUCCUGCAAGGUGGUGGUUUUGCCAAGGUCACGCAACAAAACGGCUGGCCUCAAAUCAGUCGCCAUUUCGAUCUGCUUGACAGUCCUCCCGGGAUGCCCUCCGCCAAUCAGCAUCCUCCCGCGGUAGUCCUUGCUCGUUAUUAUCAAAUCCUCCUCCUACCCUUCGAAGAGGUUUUGACGCGGAGCGCUCAAGAGGGCAAUAGAAAGCCGAUGACCGCUCCAGGUCGGCCAGCCGGUGAAAUGCCAGACAGCGUCUCCAAUAUCCCUCCCCCUCCAGGAACGGCUUCGCAAAUCGGAAGUAUUACCCCUUCUCACAGCAUCACCGUCCCCAUAGACCAACCUACUAUCUCCGGCAUCCAAACCCGUCCCAGCGGAAGCCCACCAGGUCCUCCAUCCCAACCGCUGCCACAGAGCCCGUGCCCUCCUCAAGCGCCACCCGGAUCAAAUUCUUCAGGGUCGUUUGGGUUAUCAGAAGCUUUAGCUGGCAAUUCGUUGUCCCAACCUUUGGGUGGCACAACCCUCGCCCAAUUACCUACCGGUACGGCAAAUGAUCACCAAGAUCAAGAUCUUUCGGGUUUGAAGCGGAAGCUGGAAACGGACGAGGUUGACGGUAAGCGAGCAAAGUUAAAAACAGGAGGGACAGAAAUGGCGGACCCACUACCUUCGUCAACUCCCUCGAUGGACCGACCAUCAACUUCUUCUGCCCCGCCAACGACCUCAAGUGCACCGCGUUCACGCUCACAGUUGAUGAGAACCAAAGUUGAAUAUAUACCUCUGGCUCGUGAGGUGGACACCUAUGGAGGCCGAGAUCUCAAUCUACUAGAUGAGGAGUACCACAGAGCGCAGCGGCGGGCAAUAAGGGACAUCAAUGAAUGGGGAACUGUGGACAUCGAGGCACUCACGAUGUCUAUCCGGUCACGCCUGACGGUCGAGUUGUCAUAUGCUUUAACGACCCUGACGCUUCUGUCGACAAUGAAGGGGCCUACGCCUGGGUCUGGUUUCCCGAUCGCCCAAUGCACUGAUUUGCUGGAGGAAGUGCUGGAUCUUUUAGAAGAUGAAGCGUUUGACGGCGUUACUGAUGUGCAACAGCAUCUACUAGCUGACGAUACCCGUAUACCACGUCAUCGUGAAUUGGUGACAUUGGUGCACGACGCAGAGUCACUGCCCUUUGCUGGGCUCAAGGGUGGACAGAUAUUGGGCAAAAAAGAACAAGACCCGCGACAUCGUCCGGGAACUAUCGUGCUAACCGUCACCAAUAUUAUCCGGAAUUUAUCCGUUAUCCCGGACAAUGUGCAAUUUCUCGCGAAGCACGAGCGCAUGCUAGAGCUUGUGUUACGAGUCAGCGGUAUCGUCGUUCCUGGGGACGGUGGACUACCACGGUCAGCCUCACCAUUCCUCACGCUCUCAGAGGUGCUUCAAGUUCGCAAGGAUGCCAUCCACAUUCUCAGUAAUGUGGCCCCCAUGAUUGUCUUCCCCUUGGACUCCCCGCCGUCUGAUUCCACAGCCCGGACUGUUGCUCGAGUAUUCGAGCUGGUGGCAUCUAUCAUCGUGGAACCUAUAGAUGCAGUGCCCCCUACGCAGACACUCAAGCUAAGCGGCAUUCCGUUUCCGAACUGCCGUCCUCCAUCCCUUCCUGAUCUCACUCUCGACGUUUUUACUCGCAUCGCCCAUCUAGACCAAAACCGCCAAGUAUUCUCUAGAGUCAUACCCCAGGAGUGGAUAUGGCGUUUAUUGGAAAGCUUGGUCCGCCGUCUUCCAGUUUCCGAUUCCGAUUUUGCCUUCCUCUCGCGGGAACCAUGGUUAUCAUACCUAGAGAAGGCCACAAUGGCAAUUUAUGCCAUUUCUUUCCUAUCUCCACCGGAAUUGAAGAAGCGAAUCAAAUGCGAUAGGUCGCUGCGAUUCUCACAAGUUAUGAUCCGAAUGGUCCAGCGACUCCUUACGACCAGUUCUGUGCCCGAAGCUCGCACCUGGUUCAUGGUCACUGCACGAAGAGCCAUUGAGGCGAUGAAAGUUGUCGACGAUGGGGAGGACGCGUUUGACACGUCGCAAUCUACUCAACCAACCUUGGCGUUUGGGAUGGGUUUCGGGGAAACGGGCGAGAUGGUAGUGGAGAAGGGAACCGGGAUGUUGGCUGGUCGACGUGACGUUGCAUGGGACCUGCUUAUGCAGCGAGAUUUGGAUCCGGUGUUGUUUGGGGAGCUGGAGAGCCUGAUGAGAGUAGACUGAGUCCAUGAUCGCGAGCUUCGGUCCCAUCAUUUGCUCAUACCUUAUGCACGGGAUAUCUGGUGCCCCGCAUGAAAACCUUGGCUUCUUAUUACCUUUGUACCUACGUUAAAUGAUUUACGCUAAGAUAAUCCGGUGU